UGGCGUGGGACAGGGAAGAGAAAUGGCUGCAGUGGAGUCAGUCCAGGGGCUGGUGACCUUCAAGGAGAUGGCUAUGUAUUUCACCAGGGAAGAGUGGGCUCUGCUGGACCCCACUCAGAGAGCCCUCUACUGGGAUGUCAUGCAGGAGAACUAUGAGACUGUGACCUCGCUGGGCCAGAGAAUAACAUCCAUGUUUCGCUGCAGAUCAUCUCGUCCUCCCAGGGGCAAGGGAAUGGCUGCAAUGGAGCUGGCUCAGGGGCCGGUGACCUUCGAGGAGGUGUCUGUGUAUUUCUCCAGGGAAGAGGGGACUCUGCUGGACCCCACUCAGAGAGCCCUCUACAGAGAUGUCAUGCAGGGGAACUAUGAGACGAUGGUCUUGCUGGGUAAGGAUUCCUGUCCCUUCUGUUCUUGGAAGGGGAAAUGAAGAGUGAAGGUUCAUGCCACCCCCACAAUGCCAUCUGUACCCUGUCCUGUUUCAGCAUCACCCCGAUAGGCCAGUAACAUACAUACUACCAGAGACCCUCCUCUGCUGAAGAACACUUUGGGAACAGAGCACAGGAGCAGCAUCACACAAUGUCAAAUAUCUCCUCUUUACUCAAGUAAAACUGGGGUUAGGUCCAGCAUAAUGAACAGAAGCUUCCUACCCCCAGCCUUCUCUCAAACCCUGAGCCUUCUCUACCCAAACCAGAAUGUGCUUGGGGUGUAACAAGCAGGCGGCUGGAGUCAGAGCUGCCAGUCCAGGGUUACUUAUCAUACAGACACUCAGUGCGUCCUUGAACGCUGGCUGGGAGUAUCCAGACAGGGGAGCUCCAGCAGCAGAACACUGAAUCUCACCCAGGAUUACAGAUGACACAACUCCUCGCUGAUCUGGAUUGCACCCCAGCAUGUGAAAAUGGCCUAGGUUGGUAGUGACAUUUCUUGAGACAUGGAGAG